AUGAGGUCAGUGCGACUGUGUCUUCAGUCAAAGGCUACAGAGGAGGAGAAAAAAGCUCGCACCGUGAGUGCAAAAAUUGACCGAGAUCUGUUUGAUCAAGCCAAGUAUGAGAUGAACACAGUUCAAAUUUUAAUGUUGGGCACCCCAGAGAGUGGGAAGAGCACUCUUGUUAAACAGAUAAAGAUCAUUCACAGCCAUGGGUUUACCAGACAGGAACUCAUCAACUUCAAGCCUGCUGUUUUGGAUAACCUUCUAACAUCAAUGAAGUUUGUCCUACUUGGCAUGGGCAUGUUGCGGAUUAAUCUGGCCAACCAUAAGAACAGGGUGCAUGCUCGCUCCAUCCUGUCCUGUGACUCCUGUGUUGGGGAAGAUCAGGAGUUGCUUCCGUUUGUGGCCCAUGCACUGUGCAGUCUGUGGGCUGACCAGGGGGUGAGAGCAGCAGCGUCCAGGGGCUGUGAGUUUCAGCUCAAUGAUUCUGCCCUCUACUUCUUUGAGAACAUGAACCGUAUUAUUGCUCCAAGCUACAUACCUUCAGAGCGUGACGUACUGAGGGUUCGAGUGAGGACCAAUGGUAUAAUUGAAACUCAUUUCAGAGUGAAUAACCUGCUUUACCGGUUAUAUGAUGUGGGUGGCCAGCGUACUGAGAGGAGAAAGUGGUUUAGCUAUUUUGAUUAUGUAAGGGCUGUUCUCUUUGUGGUGCCACUUAGUGGAUAUGACCGUAAGCUUAAAGAGAAUUCCUCCAAGAGUUGUUUGGAAGAGAGCUUGGAGCUCUUCACCUCUAUCUGCAAAAACACAAUCUUCAGAGCUGCCUCAUUGAUUUUAUUCAUGAACAAAAUAGACCUGUUUCAAGAGAAGAUCACACAUUCUGGAAGACACUUGAGACUGUAUCUUUCAGACUUUAAAGGACCUGACUGUGAUGUAAAUGCUGCAGCCUACCACAUCACUGGCCUGUUUGUGGAAUGUAACACCAUACCAAACAAGCCUGUGUAUCACCACUACACAAACGCCACAGAUACCCGCAAUGUGCAGGAUGUCUUUCAGGUUGUCAUGAACACGGUUGUCAAGGAGAACCUUGAGGCUGUAUCUCUGUUUUAA